UUCUAUCAAGAUCUGGCAACACGGGGCUCCACGGAACAGCGGAACCGCUGAGUGAGGAACCGAGGCUCCAACGGCCUGUUUUAAUUUACCGGCUUCCGUUUUUUUUCCGGCCCUGUCGACAUUUCGUAACGGUGUUCUGGAGGCGCAACCCGAACCGGAGAAGAUGGAGCGUGGAGGCGGCGGUGUGAGGAAAUGUAACCGUGUUUCCGUGAUGUCGGAGCGGCAGCUCCAGCUCCGGCGGGCCGCUGUCAGCCACGGCCUGUCCGGCGCAGGAAGCGCUCUGCCUGGGUGUGAAGACCCGGAGCGCAGCGCUGCCUCUGAAUGCUACUCCAGUCCGGUCUGGUCCGCCUCCGUCUUUUCCUGCUUCAGCAGUAAAUCUACGUCCACAGAUGUGUCUGUGCGCUACAGCUUCGGGCGGCCGGUUCUGUCUCUGCGGCUGCCGACGGGCCGGGCCUGCCGCUUCACGCUGACGCCGAUGCUGACCACCGUGGGCGACCUGCUGGGCGACCUGAAGGCCAAAGACGGGUCUGUGGGGAACGCCGCGCUCUUCAACAGCGACGGACAGAGGAUCUCCUGCUGCACUUUGAUGGAAACGGUUCUGAACAACGACUUCCAGAUCCAGAUCGAUGACGUCAUCUACAACGUUCGCUCGCUGGGACAAGGCUCGUCCAACGAACACAUGUUGGGUCUGGACGACAAGAAGCACACGGUGCAGCUCCUUCACUCCGCCCUGAGUCUUCCUCAGCAGCUGCACCUGCAGCAUGCGGCGCUGCUGGCGAGGAAGGAGACGCUGGCUGAGCAGCUGCAGCCGCUGGAGAACGUCAGAGUUCAGCUGGCGAAGAAAGCAGAGAGCCGAGCGAUGCUGCUGGGGUGGGCGGGGCUCGCCUACCUGUCGCUGCAGGGGGGAUUCCUGGGAUACCUCACCUGGUACGUGUUCGCCUGGGACGUCAUGGAGCCCGUCACCUUCUUCAUCUCCUGCGCCACCAGCAUGCUCUUCUUCGGCUACUACCUCCUCACCAGGCAGGAUUUCGUCACGACCGACGUUUUGGAUCGUCAGUUCCUGCUCCACUUCCACAAGAGGGCGCUGGGGAAGAGGUUCGACGUCGACAGAUACAACGAGCUGAAGGACGAGCUAGCUAAGGUGGAGAACGACCUGCGGAGGCUGAGGAGCUCCAUCCAGCUGCAGCUGCCGGUCGAUCACAUCCAGCCUCAGAGAAGCUCCUGAUGAUCCCAGAGCAGCACUUUCUACGUUUCUCUUUCAAUAAAAGAUGUUUAGUUUUGCUCUUGUUUGGUAAAUAAAGUAAAACACUGGGAAAGCAG